AUGCAAAUAGCGUUUCUCGACUUUGAGGCCGCGUUCGACUCUCCUCACCGAGGCCGUCUUCUCAACGAGAUCCGCGCCGAUGGAGUACCGGGAAAGUUUGUUCGCUUGCUUGAUGACAUGAAUCAACGAACAACUGCUGCAGUUCGAACACCAGGCGGACGUACAACACCGUCUGAGGUGGUAACUGAAGUAAAACAAGGGACAGUGGCAGGACUCUUCCUGUUCAAUUUCGCCGUCGACGACAUUAUGCGAAGAACAGUCGACCAGUGUCCUGCCGACAUUGUCUUAGCAUCAUCAGGGUGCCCUUUGACUGAACUCGAGUACGCCGAAGAUGUCGUUAUAUUCACGGAAAGCAGUACGAAACUUCAACAUGUUGUCAAACUUGUAUCGAAGCUGGCUGCAGCCUAUGGACUACGCCUACGCCCUGAUAAUCCAUCAAAAGUGACUCAAGUAAAUCGUCUUCGCUUCUUUGGUCAUAUAUUAAGAAGAACGGCAGAUCGUCUUGUUCAACGAGUUCUUAGGAGUUUGUCGGGUUCGAGCUGGAAGAAGCCAUCUGGCCGAAGACGGAAGUUCUAG